UAUGGUUUUAUACACCUUGGUAAAAAUAAAUGUUUCCAAGUUUCCGAGGAUACAGUGAACGCAGCAACAUUAUCCACUGGAGCCGGUUCAACACAACAAUGGAUGUCUCUCAUGAAAUAAAUUUGCUGGUGCAGGAGAUUCAGCGACUCGGGAGUAAAAAUGCUGACGGUCAAACCAGCGUGAAGUUUGGGGUCUUGUUUAAUGACGACCGUUGUGCCAACAUCUUCGAGGCGUUGGUGGGGACCCUGAAGGCAGCCAAGAAGAAGAAGGUGGUCACCUUCCAGGGCGAGUUGCUUCUCCAGGGUGUCCAUGAUAACGUUGAUGUUAUCCUGCUCCAAGAAUGAGGACAAAGUUUGGACCAGAUGGGCUUCUCCUGACUGUGGGUCAUACUGAGUCCUUUCAAAUACUGAGCUUUCGCAGCAUACUGGCUUUUCACUGAGCUUCUGUUUUCAUGUCCCUUCAUUCAUGUGUGAGGCUCAGUAUUUUAAUGACCAGAUAGAUUAGAUCAAACAGUGUACUUACAGACUCUACUGGCUUGUCUGCUUAAUAUUUCAUCUGAUUUCACUGUCAAGCAGAAUCACAAAAAUGUAUUUGAGAAGAUUUUCGGUUUUCAGGGGCUGAAUAAAAGCCACAUUCAUAGUUUCAGAUGACAAGGAAAAGUUCUGCCUUUCUCGGGCGCUGCUGUUUUAUCAACCACGGGUCUGACAAGUCAUUUUUAUACACUUUUAAGACUAUAAACGCACAAAUCAGGACUGUAAUAAUUUGCGCACAGCAUUCAUUUGGGUAAUUUUUGUUAAAUUCUGGGUAGAAAUUACUGUGUAGGAUAACCAUCACAACCGUACGCCUCUCUUGAUGGUGUGAGUGUCAUGAUAAAGGACGCACAAAAAAAGAUUCUGACUUGAUUUAGCGACUUUUCAUUUUUAAUUCGAGCACUCUGAUCUUGACAAACUGUUUGAAAUAGACACUUGUUUUUAAAGCUGUGCUAGGAAAAUUCUCCCUUUAUCAGCCUCAGAUGGCAAUGGGACAAAAACAUCAUGUAAUAUGAUGAAGUAUUUUCCGAUUUAAUCUAGUGCAGCUUUAGGACAAACGGGUAGUGAGCAUCCGUCAACAUUGUCACCAGAAUGGCAGUGCAAUUAAUUGUUUACGUGAGCCAUUUAUACUACCUCUAGUGGACUUUGUAAAAAGAUGUUAUUAGACCUGUGCUUCUGGAAAACAACUCCUUCAUAGAAAGUACAAGACAAGUGCUUUUCAGGAAAGACUUUUGCACCUUUUUGUACUCACUGAAAUCUGCUAAAGUAGUUUUUAUUCCACCUUUUUAUAAGGGGUCAAUAAUGAACUUUCCUCUCCUAAAUGAACUCCAAAACUUGCCUUUCGGAUGGCGAAUGUAUUUCUUGUGCAAUUUUUAUUAGUGUAUAAUGACAGUGAUUGGUGCCAAAUGCAAAAGAUGAAUUUGUAAUGUUUCUCAGGACCAAAUCGACACAACCAAAAUAUGUUUAAUAAUUGUCCUGUGGCUUAAAUUAGGUGUCUUACUUGCGACACAAGGUGUGCAUUUAUAGUUUUAUUAGUUUGUCAUUUUUAUUUUUACCACUCUUUGUUCCGUACUGUAGGUCAGAUGAUUCUUGCAGAUCAGGUGUGAACAAUUGGUUUCUCAAAACUCAUCACUGGGUGACUCACUGUGUCUGUUUUCAGCAAAAGUCCUUUUAGUAAUCUGAUUUGCUGAAAUGUUAACACCAAGCCCUCCCGCCCUCCCCCAUUCUGUUUUUUCCAUGUAACAAAAACAUAUCAGGUUAUUUUUAUUUAUUUCAUUUCAAAAUGUCCUUUUUCUCAAGUUAUCAUUUUAUUUUAGAGUGUCACAAAGAAAAAACAACUAUGUGGCGAAAACAGCUAUGUGAUUGGCUGUUAACUCAUUAGGACCAAAGCAACAGCCAAUCACGUAACUGUCUCUUGUCACUGUUUUAUGCAAGCUUUGUAAUGAAACGUGGCAUUGAUGGGUCACUGGGAAAAAUGUGUAAUGAAAUAAAACAGUUUAGGGCGAAAAGAGACACUUUGAAAUAAAAAUAAACUGUUAUCGUGAAAAGUGGCAGAAUCGGUUAAUGUUUCAUAAUCAUUAGCUGCAUUUGCAAAAUAUUGGAUUAUUUAAAAAUUUAAUCACUUGUCAUGUUUUGUCUUCUUUAUUCAUACAAUUUAUUCCACAAUAUUUUUUUUUCAUUAAUUUCAUUUUGGUAAUGUUUUGUCUUUUGGGAUACACACCAGAAUGACUGAAUAUCAUUUUCGGCCUGAAUGUAAGAUCUACUGUUGUGCUCAUCUGUAUCAUAUCUUCUCAUUGCACUUUGGUCCCGUCACCAUCCACACAUCACACAAUUAACACGCCAUAUCUGCAAGUUUUACACGACCCAUUUCACUUUCACUGCUGUAUCAACAUAGCUGAGAUUUCAGAGAUAUGAGAUCAGGUGUUGGCUGUUUAACUUGAAUUCAUUUUUUUUUCUAAAUCUUAAGACCAUCCACUUGCUUUGUGGUUGUGCUUUAAGCAGCACUGUUGGUUGAAUGUGCAGAAAGAGCUUAAUCUGUAUUCUAAUUAUGAAUGAAAUUGAAGUGUGGCCAAGAAAAGUCAGUCAUGUGAAAUGUAAUUGUUAGAAUACAAACAAUAGGGGAAGGAGAAUUUGGAAAAGUGAUGGAAAUAAUGGAGAAAAGGUAGCGUGAGAAAGAAACGUGCUGCUUGCGUCACUGUCAUUUCGAAUUAUCCUGCUGUUUCAGUGAGUUUCAGAUUGCCUCCUGAACACAAAUGCAAACCAAGUCAACAUUUAGCAAGAGUAGACAAAUCAGAGAUCAGAGCAGUGCCAAUGCCUUGAGCCAUUUCUGUGGCCUAGUGGGUUGCCUGUAUGAUGUGUUCAAAUGCGUCAUUUUUGUCUUUUGUACUGGUAACAACACAUUCCUGAAUGAACAGAGGUUUCUGUUACUGUGGGACACACUCCGAGGAAUAAAAUCUUUACACUUGAAGCCUUGAA